UGCACUCUCUGCCCAGCAGGAAAAUACAGAAGUAGCUUGGAGAUGGCUCGCUGUGAAGAUUGUCCAACAGGAACAUAUUCCACCGAUGGGCAAACUGCUUGUCAAGGAUGCACUGUAUGUCCAGCCGGCAAGACAAGCAACAACGGCUGUGCAGGUGGGGCGAGCGUCGACAACGAUUGCAGCACUUGUCAAUCCAACACCUACUCAGAGGAAGGGCAUACAUCGACAUGUACAGCCUGCGACGCUAAUGCAAGGUCGCAAGCGAACAGCACCAGUCCUUUCGAUUGUCGCUGCAUUGCAGGG